UGGUGGGCGUGCAAUACGUGUAUUAAUACCCUGGGUCCCGGGCUUACCACGUGCCGGGACCGGGACCUGUGCCAGAGGUCGCGUUAAAGAGUAAUCAGCUGCAUUCUUCAGACCAGGAAGGCGAAUGUCUGCGACGACAGCGACGACGACGACGGCGACGGAAACGAUACGGAUGCUGUCAGAAUCAGAUGGCGUCUUGCCACUGAAGGCAGACUCCUCCGACGGGUCUCUUUCGUCUACAGAUGUGAACCUCCAGUCGCUAUACAACCCUGCUGCGAGGGCUUUUCUUCAUCACGAUCAUGUUGUUGCUGAGAACCUUAUUGCAUCUGCUUUCACAAUAUUGCGGCCACCCAUCGUCCCUGCUCCCGACAGCUUGGACUCUCAUCGCCGCAAGUGGGACAUUCUCCGCAUUACUUUGGAGACUACAGCCUACACCACCCCUUCAGACCGCGAUGCUCUACCACCUGCUCUUCGUGAGACCCUGAUGUUGUCGCCACAGUUAUUUGUUAACACCGCCCAUGCACGUUCGCUCUCACUCUUCACGCCGUCUUCGUUACCUCGUAGGCCUUCCUCUGCGUUCCUACCCCAUCAAGUCCUUAUCACCCUCGCUGCGUCCAGUCUCAAAGUCAACUGUCCAGCAGUUGGCAGGGAGAUAGUGGAGGAUUGGCUUGGCAAUCGCGGCCAGUAUGACUACAUCCCUUCAACGCGGGAGGCCUACGAGAAAGUCCUCGAGCUGUAUUGCCUCUAUAUCUUACCCGCUCUCCAGGAAUGGGAAUACUCAAAGGAAUUUCUUCAAUUUGAGAUUGAACUACCGCACGAGAAACGCAUCGAGUUUCAGAAGAAUAUUGAAAACCUUCAGGAGCGUGCCGGAAAAGGUCUGCCCGCAUUAACGCCAGCGUGUUCUACUUCCUCUCUACGUCCGUCUUCCCCUACACCUUCGUCAUCCUCCUCGAGCUCUUCAAUGUCCACACUUUCUACUCGUACCGUAACUCCAAUGUCAAGGCUGUCCUCUGCCCAAUCUAAGCCCAGAACGCCCUCAACAACAUCAGUGGCGUCCGCAGCGUCUGAUGCUACAGUCAAGAGGCGUCCAUUCGAGCAACACCAAAGGGGUCACACGCCUCCUGUCAGGGCAAGUCCAAGUGCAAGUCUCGUGCGAAAAGCACGAACGAGCACUUCCGUGGUGGAAACAUCCGAGCCACCAAAUCUUCUAGCAUUGAUACGAGCAUAUCUAUACAGAUGCUUCACAGUGAACCGGUUUACAGCGCUUUCGGUACUAUUUUUGCUGCUGCCGGUGCUGUCGUACUUGAUCCGCCUACGGCGUACUCGAGGGAGUAAUUUACCAGCCUCAACGACGGAUCAGGUAAAACGACGGCUGCUCGACAGCCGAAAUGACUCCUUCGUACGAAGGAUGUGGGACGAAAUAGUUAAGGCUGUUAUCGACACAGUCCGAAUGGGAGGAAGCGGACUGGUCUAGGAGAGGCGAGAAUACCAGCAAGUGGGCGUUGUCCCGUUUUAUUUUUAUUUUGACUAUCGUCAUAGCCCUGUACUGCACAGCCAGCCAGUUACCAAGCUCUUUGUCUGUUCAUAUCUUCUGUCCUGGUUUCACUCUCGCCCUUCGUUAUCAACCUCUUCGCUGCUGCUGUGGCUUUUUGCUUAACAGAUGCACAAAAUUAGGACACCAAGAGG